CUGCUCGUGGUCUCGAUCAUCAUCUUCGGGGCGGUCGAGCUGCUGCCGGGCGACCUCGCCCAGCAGAUUCUCGGCCAGGCCGCGACGCCGGAGACGGUCAAGGCGAUGCGCGAGGAGCUCGGGCUGGACCGAUCGGCUCCGACGCGCUACGUCGAAUGGCUGGGCGGCGCACUCCAGGGCGACUUCGGGGUCUCGCUCGCCAACAAGCGCUCGGUGGCGGAUCAGCUCAUCCCGCGUUUCGCGAACACUCUCUUCCUCGCCGCGUUGGCGGCAGCGUUCUCCAUACCAAUCUCGAUCGUGCUGGGGGUGCUGGCGGCGCUGUACCGCGAGUCGGUCUUCGAUCGGAUCGCCAACGUGAGCACCCUCACCUCGAUCUCGUCGCCGGAGUUCUUCCUGGGCUACAUCCUCAUCCUGUUCCUGUCGGUCCAGAACCCGGUGUUCCCUCGAUAUCGAGCGUCACCGGCGACAUGCCGUUCACCGACCGGGUCUACGUCACCAUGCUGCCCGCCAUCACCCUGA